UGCUGGCAUGUUCCAUUCCAUUGAGAGGAACUAAACCGAACGAAACUCCCCUCCGGAAUAAGUUUCGAGUCCACCAAUCGUAAAAACCCUAAUCAGACCUCCAACUUCCGAGAAAUUGGAUGUUACUUCACUGUUAAUCAUGUCUUGGGAGCUGAUUCUAUGGAUAAUCUUUUUCUUCAUCAACAUAGCCCUUCUCGGUUCAACUUUCUAUCAGAUUUUAUGCUUAUCCGAUUUGGAGGCUGAUUAUAUGAACCCUUACGAAUCAUCAUCUCGCAUUAAUUCCAUUGUUGUUCCUGACUUUAUACUGCAAGGAGUAUUGUGCAUGCUUUUCCUCUUAACCUGGCAUUGGUUCCUGUUCCUGAUUUCGGUUCCUAUCACUUGCUAUAAUGCGAUGCUGUUUAUGAAACGGCAGCAUCUUAUUGACGUAACUGAAGUUUUUAGAACUCUUAGUGCCGAGAAGAAGUACAGGGUUGCCAAGCUUGCCUUUUACCUGUUUCUCUUUAUCAUUGUCAUUAUCAGGCUUGUAAUAUGUAUUUUCAACUCUGUAAUUGAUGAAGAAGAUGCAGUGCAUAUAUUUUGAUUACCCACUGCGUGGCAGUGUUAUUGCCUCUUAUUUCUUAUGAUGCAUGCUGUCCCCUCCCACGCACAGGUGGCGGGCACAAUGUCUGCAUAAAUGGCUUCACCAUUCUACUAUGGUUUUACUAGACUUCAUUAGCCAAGUGGCAUUUCAUACCUGAUAAAAAAAAUAAAAAUACACAAAAAAGGUCAGGAAAAGAACAUCAAGGUUUAGUUAAAGCGGUGGUGCAGCUUAGCAUGAUCAAUGAUUAAUGCCAUUUUGGAAUAAUUCUGCUUUGAGCCAGUGGCCAGUUAGUUAUGUGACGUAAUCUGCGCUUUGCCUGUUUUACCACUUUUGCACUAUAAUUUGGCGUAGAUGUCUAGCAUUCCAGAUUGCUGCUGUCUCUACAUGUAUGUAUACUCACACACGGGUGCGUGCGUGGGUUCUGCACAAUGUGUCAUUUAUAUUGUGAGGGUUGCACAUAA